AUGGAGCCAGAGCCCGGCGCCAGGGGGGGAGAACCAGACGGGACGGGGGGGGCUCCAGAGACCCCCGCGGACCACCCGCCCAGACCCAGCCAUGUCCUGGUCAGCCUGGCCAAGAUCCCGCUGCUCCUCUUCCUCCUGUACGCCUUCGUCUGCUCCCUGGACCUCCUGAGCUCCGCCUUCCAGCUCCUCGGAGGUAAGGUGGUGGGGGGUAUCUUCCAGGACAGCCAGGUCCUGUCCAACCCGGUGGCCGGCCUGGUGGUGGGCAUCCUGGUGACGGUGCUGGUCCAGAGCUCCUCCACCUCCUCCUCCAUCAUUGUCAGCCUGGUGGCCUCUGGAAUGCUGGAAGUGGGUGCGGCGGUCCCCAUCGUCAUGGGCGCCAACAUCGGAACCUCGGUAACCAACACCAUCGUAGCCAUGAUGCAAGCGGCAGAGAGGAGCCAGUUCCAAAGGGCGUUCGCCGGGGCCACGGUCCACGACUGCUUCAACUGGCUGUCGGUGCUGGUGCUGCUGCCCCUGGAGGUGCUGACGGGCGCCAUGGCCCGGCUGUCCCUCCUGCUGGUCUCCAGCUUCCACCUCCAGAGUGGGAAGGACGCCCCCGAGCUGCUGAAGGUCCUCACCCAGCCAGUCACCGAGCUCAUCAUACAGCUUGACAAAGCUGUCAUCACAGGACUGGCCAUGCGGGAGGAAAGCCUGAGGAACCACAGCCUGGUGAGAAGGCUGUGCCCUGCGCCUGAUGUUGCGGUAAGACGCCCGUCCAACCAUUCUGUUGGGGUCGCUGGCUCAUUGGUCAACUGUAGCUCUGGCCUGCCUUGUCUUGGGGGGGUCCUCACGAAUCUGACGGUGGAAGUUACUCUACAGAGAUGCGGGCACCUGUUUGCGUCCACCCAGCUGUCGGACCUGGCGGUGGGGCUGAUCCUGCUGGCGGCCUCCCUGGCCGGGCUGUGUGGCUGCCUGCUGCUGCUGGUUAAGCUGCUCAACUCUCUGCUAGAGGGCCAGGUGGCCAAGGUCAUCCAGAAGGUCAUCAACACCGAUCUGCCCUACCCGUUCGGCUGGCUGGGGGGAUAUUUGGCCAUGGUGGUCGGGGCUGGGAUGACCUUCCUGGUUCAGAGCAGCUCAGUCUUCACCUCCGCCUUGACCCCUCUGAUCGGUGUGGGGGUGAUCAGUCUGGAGAGGGCCUACCCUCUGACCCUCGGCUCCAACAUCGGCACCACCACCACCGCCCUGCUGGCUGCUCUGGCCAGUCCCGGGGACCAGCUGGCUCCUGCCCUUCAGAUCGCCCUGUGCCACCUGUUCUUCAACGUCUUGGGCAUCCUGCUGUGGUACCCCAUCCCGGCCACCAGGCUGCCCAUCCGCAUGGCCCGCGCGCUGGGCGAGCGCACCGCCAAGUACCGCUGGUUCGCCGUGCUCUACCUGCUGCUGUCCUUCCUGCUGCUGCCCGCCCUGGUGCUGGGGCUGUCGCUGGCCGGCUGGCGCGCCUUGGUGGGCGUGGCCGCCCCCCUGCUGGGCGUGGCCACCUUCGUCACCGCCGUCAACGUGCUGCAGGCGCGCAGCCCUCGCCACCUGCCCACCGCGCUCCAGAGCUGGGACUUCCUGCCGCCGUGGAUGCGCUCCCUCAAGCCGCUGGACCGCUGCGUCAUCAAGGCGACGGCGUGCUGCUCGGCGGGCGCGGAGCGGCGGGGGACGGAAGGCGGGGGAGGGGCGGGAGCUGUGGAUGCCGCGGCCUCCACGACGACGCUGCCUGCCAAGCCGAAUAUGGCGGGCCGGACGGAGACAAGGGCGGAGCCGGCGUACGACAGCCCGUCGCUGGCCUACCUGGAUGAGACGGCGGCGGGGGUCCCCGUGUUCAGGCUGAGGGGAUUGGAGCGCUGCCACAGCACGCCGCUGUAGGGGAUCAGCCUGCAGCACGCCCCCCCCUGACUCACAUUAAACACCGUCAUAAGCCCCGCAGCACAGGGGAGGAGACAUCUCUAAACGCAUUCUGUAACCAUCCUGCAGCAGCCUAGCCUGACGUUCCCAGACCCAUUCCCACAUGGGUUUAAGUCUGGAGCGCCUCGUCUAUUUUUGAUUUCCAAGGGGCGGCGAAAAAGGGCCUCUAGACGACAACCAAUUGGAGCAAAGAAAUGAACAUUGUGUAUAAAUGAGGCAAUGUUAAAAUUCAGCAGGUUCGCAUUGGAACUAGAUCUUGGUAGUUUUCUGACAGAGCCUUUCAACAAGCUUCUUGCAAGCUCCUUCAGUGCUGUAGAGAGGUUGCAUUUGUUUUGUGAUGUCUGAUCAAAAGGGAGAAUGACUUUCAAACCCAGAAGUAACAUGACAGAAACAAGAUCAAAUGUACAAACAAAGCUCUGGUUCUUCAAUGAUUGAGAUAUUUUAAUAUUCAUUGUUUAAACACUCCCCACUAUU